AUUCAAUGUCAUCGGUUUUUUUCAACCGUAGUUAGCCACUGUUACAAAAUGACUGUUGAUACGAAUUCCAGACUGCAAGAGCAGUCUGAACUGAUAAUGACUCUAAAAUCAAGAGCUGAUCUUGAAAUGGAACGUCGCAAUCAAGCUGAAUGUAAAUUAUUACAUGAGUUGAAUAAAAAUCUCGACCUUCAUCAGCAGCUUUUGGAAUGCCAACAGAGGCUAGUAAUUCUAAUAAUAACUUCAUACGUGUUGUUUCUAGGGCUUCUGAUGCUGAAGUUAAUAACCGUGUGUUGAGAUCUACAUUAAAUGAUUUAAGUUAUCAACUUCUUAGUCAAACGUUGACGAAGAAUCCAAACAUCAAUCUGUCUAGAGACAAUAAAUCUGUCCAAACUACAAACGAGUUUUGUCAAAGUAAAUCAGUUGAAGUUGAAAUUCCGAAUCAAAAGGAUCCUCAACGACAUAUAUGGAAGUUCAGGCAACUAAAAGAAGAGACUCAUCAACUUCUACAAUUGGUGAAUCAGAUGAAGUCACUAUAUGUACAAAAUUACAAAAUAAUACAAAAUCAUUUCAAUAAUUUGACGGACUUAAUUUCAACAACAUGUAAUUUUUGCUUAAAAAUCAAUCAAGCUUAUCAUGAUGACGAUGUUAACAGGAAAAAUGAAAGACAAAGUUUAUUUCUACAGUUAGAAAAUGAAAAGCAUUUAAAUAAAGAAUUAUGUAAUAAACUGAAUACAAUGGAAGAAGAUAAAAACAAAUUAGAAAAUAUCAUCCAUAAACUAAAAGAACAAAGAGAACAUGACAUGAAAGAAUUUAACGCUAAUAAGCAUAUCAAGCGUUUAAAGGAAGAACUUAGCAUUUCCAAACUUCAAGCGGAACAAGUAAAACAGGACUUUGAAGCUUAUAAAAUUUAUGCAAAAGAAUUAUUAGAUAAUGAGAAAAAUUUAAACAAAGAACUACGAAAAUUGUACCAUUGAAUGCGAUCAAAAAUGAUGUUUUUUAUUUUUCAAAAUAAAAUUUAUAUUUUAUAACUGAUCAUCAUGAUGUAACAAACACA